AUGUCUUCCAGUGGAGAAAAAAAGACCGCCUCCCAGACCGACGGCAAGGGAGCCCCCAGCAAGAAGUCCGAGAUGGGCAUGAUGUCCUACAGGAUGUAUGUGUUCGACCAGGAGAACUUCCAGGGCCGUAUGAUUGAGAUUAACGCCGAGUGCAUGAAUGUUUGUGAUAUGGGCAUGGACAGAGUUCGCUCUCUGCGUGUGGAGUGCGGCCCAUUUGUUGGUUUCGAGCAGAUGAACUUCUGCGGUGAGAUGUACAUCCUGGAGAAGGGCGAAUAUCCUCGCUGGGAUUCUUGGAGCAAUUGCCAGAAGAACGACUACCUGCUUUCCUUCAGACCCGUCAGAAUGGACCCCGAGAAGCACAAGAUCUGCCUGUAUGAGGUUGGAGACUACAAGGGCCGCAAGAUGGAGAUCAUGGAUGACGACGUUCCCAGUCUGUUCUCUUACGGAUUCACAGACAGAGUCGGCAGCAUCAUGGUCAGCUGUGGAACCUGGGUCGGCUAUCAGUUCCCCGGUUACCGCGGCAGUCAGUACCUGCUGGAGAAGGGCGAAUACAGACACUUUAACGAGUACGGCGCCCGCUGCCCGCAGUUCCAGUCCGUGAGGCGUAUCCGCGACAUGCAGUGGCACCCACACGGCUGCUACACCAUGGCCAGCAAGUGAGAAGAAGAAGCGAGGAAGAGGAGAAGUGGAGCAGAGGGAGAGGAAGAGGAGAGCAGGAGACACCACUGACCGGCCGCUCCACCCGACUAUCAGCUCUCUGCAGAACUAAAGUGGGCGUUUCUCAAGAUGGUGGGCGUUUCAAAAUGGCGAAAUGAGAGCGGCUUUCCUUUUCUGACAUAACCGUCAUGCUAGCUGUUUCCAUCGAUAAUUGUGAAUGAGGUUUAUGUGCAAAACUGGAAUAUCG